UUGUAUUGCGUUUUUUUGGUCUGUUUUUAUUUUGAAGAGUAUAUAGUUUGGUGCGUGAUGAUAAUACACAUUUAGUGUAUAUCUAUUAAUAGUAACAUAAAUAAUAGUCAUAAUCGACAUGACGACAUAUAAAUUUCAGAUUGAAACAAUUGAACAUCCCGUAACAAUGUGCUUGGUGAGAGUGUUGGACCCGUGCAUACUUUCAGGAUAAACAGCAAACCGAUGGAUAGCAGCGCGAAGAUUUUAUGCAAAGAUUAACUUUGCUGGUUUAAUUUCUGUGCCUAAAUCUGACAUAAUGCGUGUACAAAGUGUCAUCUUUACCGUCAAUUUCCUUGUCUUCUUCGUGGGCGCAUCUACGAACACAAACGGUAAUGGCUGUUACUACAAUGGACAGUUUAGACACGGCAACUGGACGGAUGGCUGUGAUUUCAAAUGCAAAUGUGAAAACCCUGAAACUGGACACUACGUUUGCCAUGUUAGGUGUCCUACAUACAAAAACUUGCCUAAAGGAUGCACUCUUAAACUUCCGAUUGGGGAAGAAUGUUGCCAAGAGCUAGAUUGCAGUUCAACUACAACACUUGUCAACACAAAGGGACCGAACUUGCAAAGUGAUGACUUUGAUACAAAUGCUUCAACACCUAUGGAAGGAUUGAACACAGUGAUGGAUCUCCCAAUAUAUACUCCAGAGAGCGAGUAUGGGUGUCUUUACAAAGGCAAGUAUUACACCGGCCAGUGGAAUGAUAGCUGUGACCAUACGUGUGUUUGUGAAGAACCAUUCUCUGGGAGGUACACAUGUCAUGAAAGAUGUCCCGCGAUCAACGAAAUCCCUGCAAUUUGCACUGUUAAAGCUCCCAUAGAGGAUGAAUGCUGUGCUCGUAUUGAAUGCAACGAUACAGAAAUAAAAUCCUUGUCCUUUACACAUUCAACAAUUGGUACGGAUUUGGGGGAAUUCUCGUCACAGAGUUUUAUAAGUAGAUCUAACUUUACUGAUUCUCACUCCCAAGGUGACAAGUAUCCUACUUCGACACUUCCGACCAUUGACAAAGUUGGCGAAUAUAAAGGUGUUAACAUAAAUACUGUUGCAUUUAGUAAAGAAAGUAAUCUACAGAUUCCCGAAAUUUCAGCCGUUAUACCUCUUAAAGAACGUGAUCGACUUUUGGCACUGAUAUUUUCCAAGUAUGGUCCAGUAUCAUUAUUCACUGCAAAAGGAGUACAUGAUGGAACAGUAAGAUCAGACUCGAUCUCCUUGGAUUCUCUAUCACCUACUGGUGAUGAAUUAAAUGACUCAGCGAAAGCAGCUGCUAUGCAGGUACAUAGAGAUAUUCUACAGAACAUGAUUGCAGUUGAUACAAUAGCAAAACCUAUUGAGAGUGAAACAAUAGCGAAACCUAUUGAGGGUGAUACAAUAGCGAAACCUAUUGAGAGGGAUACAAUUUCGAAACCUAUGGAGAGUGAUACAGUAGCGAAAUCUAUGGAGAGUGAUACAAUAGCGAAACCUAUUGAGAGUGAAACAAUAGCGAAACCUAUUGAGAGUGAAACAAUAGCGAAACCUAUUGAGGGUGAUACAAUUUCGAAACCUAUUGAGAGGGAUACAAUAGCGAAACCUAUUGAGAGGGAUACAAUAGCGAAACCUAUUGAGAGGGUUACAAUAGCGAAACCUAUUGAGAGUGAAACAAUAGCGAAACCUAUUGAAAGUGAAACAAUAGCGCAACCUAUUGAGGGUGAUACAAUAGCGAAACCUAUUGAGAGGGAUACAAUAGCGAAACCUAUUGAGAGGGAUACAAUAGCGAAACCUAUUGAGAGUGAAACAAUAGCGAAACCUAUUGAGAAACCUAUUGGGAGUGUAGCAAGUAAGAGGCUUUGUCAGUUCAAUGGAUAUAAGUAUGCGGAAGGUGAACAAUGGUAUGAUGGUUGCAAAAGAACGUGCGUUUGCAAAAAUCCUGUCGAUAAUAUGUAUAUUUGCGAAGAAAGAUGUCAACAAUAUAGGAAAUUGCCUCCGGGGUGUUUAUUCGGAAAAGGCCCUGUUGAUGACUGCUGUACCGUACCUGACUGUCGCCAUGGCAACGUUUUUAUCAACAGAAAAACGCGAAACAUCGCACAACUUUUCUCUCGCUUCCGACAAAAUGGAAGUUCACUGAAACUGACUAAAGAACUAUUCAACGACAGAGUGCGAAAUCAACCACAAAAGAAAGCAGGAAUUAUUCCACUAAGAGAAAAUUUCUUCGAAGGUUUUAAAACUCGAGAUGAUGCAAAUAAAAACAAAGCAAAGCAAACAAAUAGUCUCAAGUUAAGCCUACAGCAAGUCGCUACUGAAAGCGCAAAAUAUGCAGGUAGUCAUUUGACAAAUGACAAACACAAAUCGCAAGUAUUUAAAACAAGAUUAAAAAGUGAAAUAACAGAAAUGGUAGAUAGAAGUUCAACAUUAGAUAACACACAUGUAACUACAGUCAACACAACCCUUCGCACCAUCGUACCUGAAUCUUCGCCUAGUGUUGUUACAAAAGACUACGACGUUUCCAGGCGAUCAAAUACAACGGUUUUGUCUAAUGGUUUGUGUGAGUUCAAAACCAAAUUUUACGCUGAAGGUGAAUCUUGGAAUGACGGAUGUCAAACAGGUUGCAGGUGCUUACCGGGGGGAAUUCCAUCUUGCAAGAGCAAUUGUUAUCACUAUCGAGUUAUUCCUCGAGGUUGCUUUCUCGCUGCACCGAAUGGAUGUUGUGAUAUUUUGAUAUGCCCGAACUCGCAUCGUUUUGGACGACAAGCCGUGGGACGAACACCUCUACAACAAGUUGCUCAGCCAGAUCAAUUAAACACAUGGAGACAACAAUUUUUACAACGAACAAAUUCAGCGUUGAGAAGCCAACAUGUCACUGGGCAAAGACCAUUUUACCGAAAUGGUAGUAAUCAAAAGUAUCGGACAAAUUACAGGAUUGAAAGUGGCCAUACCCUUCGAAGCAUCUAUUCUCCACCAAGGUCGUUCUAUUUACCGUUUGUUAAAACGAGUUUAAACCGUCAUUCUCGCAAUAUUCCCAGUGUUCAUUCUACAAAUACAUCUUCAUCGAACUUAACCGGGAAUAAUUCGUCUGGGAACACAGCCAGAUCAUCACAAGGGAAUUAUGUUGCUGCAGAGAAACAUUAUACUCCUUUCCGUUAUGUAUCUUCAAACUUGAGACCAAUGACUAUAAAUUUUGCAAGGUGGAAUAGAAACUCCAACAUAGGAAAUAUUUUAGGUUGCGUUGUCGGUAGUAAAUUGUACAGGCAGGGAGAAACAUGGAAUGAAAAGUGCAAGCAGAAAUGUACUUGUGACAAUGAAGCGGAACAUCACGUGACUUGUCGUAAACUAUGUCCAGAAUGGAAACUUCCAGCGGUUUGCACAUUACAGCAACCAUCGGAGGGAAAGUGUUGUCCAUAUCCCAAAUGUCCACAGGGUUUUCAACUGCAACAACCGCUAGGGUACAUCCCCGAGUGAAUUCUGCAAUAAUCGCCAGAAUACAUCUCCGAGUGACCUCUGCAAUAAUCGCCAAGAUACAUAUCUGAGUGACCGCUGCAAAAAGUGUUUAACUAUACGCUUUAAAGGCGUACAUCUGUGUUUAAUUAAGCAUUACUUUAUGUUCUUCAAAAGUUAUCACAAGCAUUGCAUGUAGCUGCAUGUACAUUCAUAACUGCAAUAGCUAAAAGCGUAAACGGAUUGCAAGUACCACGUAAUGUAAUACGUUCGUGUUAUUUAAUGUACGUAGAUUUAAGUCCCCUCGAAUUGCAACUCAUGAUAUAUGUAUCUUUCUUUAUUGUAAUGUAGACAAAAGCAUAUGAUAUUAUCGUUCAGUAUUCUCAUGUUCAAGCUUCACUUUCAUGUAUGUAUGUAUGUAUGUAUGUAUGUAUGUAUGUAUAUGUAUGUAUGUAUGUAUGUAUGUGUGUGUGUAUGUAUGUAUGUAUGUAUGUAUGUAUGUAUGUAUGUAUGUAUAUAUGUAUACUGGAUAUUGAGACUGAAUUCUUUUUUAGAAACUAUAUUUGAUAUAACUAAUUUUAUAAAUGGAUGUAUGAAUUAUUGUAUAAAAUAGUUUUGGUAAAAGAGUCAACAUUUUUUUCAGAUACCACUCGUGACAUAAUCAUCUGGGCUACUGUAAGAGCAUUUUACAACACAAUUAUUUGUUUGCUUUUCUGAGUCUGAGUCGCAAAACGUUAGUGUAUACGGGCCCUGAGUAUGUGUGGAACUGUUUACCUUAUAUUCGUAACUCCUAAUGAACGAUUAUAUUUGUUGGAAUGUAUACUUGCGAUUAUACAGAGAAUCAAAAAACAACAAUUGUUAUAGCAACUGCUUUAUAAUUAGUAAUAGUAUUAGUACUUUCUGGCGCCUAGAAUGUGGCGCAUAGCAAACCAAGUGACCAUCCAACUCUGCACAAAUAUUUUUAUAAUGAAUGUUGUUGUUGACUACUUAUUUUAUCGGUGUAAAUGUGUAGCAUAUUGAAUUCAUGUUGCUGUUCUAUUGUUUGUUUCAAUUAUGGUUUUGAAAUAUGAAAAUGCUACAAACUUGCUGUUGCAUUGGUAUAAAUGAGUCGAGUUAUAUUUCAACGGACCAAUUGCGGGUUGAGUGGGGUUUAUUAUUUCGCCUCUUUGCCCCCGAGGUGAAGCCAGAAAAAACGAAGAAAUGUUCAUCGAUUAGAUCUCUCAAUUUUUUGUACAUUUUUUUCUUAUUUCAAUUAAUUUAUCACAUCUAUGUUCACAAUCUAAAACUACAUUUUUAUAGUAAGACUAAGUCACCUGCAUUUUUUGAUUGCGUAUGCGUGUUGCACGAUCAGAUUUCAACAACAGAUUUACCUUUCCGGAAUGCAAUACAUUAAGAGCAGUAAAAAUUAUAUUUUGUAGAAAUGUAUAUAAACAGUAUUAUUUUUAUUUACGCAUGCACAGCAUAAUAUUGCGAAGCUCAAGAUAAGCGCGUAAAUGUUAAUGCAAGUGUCACCAUGUCUCCAUAACAUUUAUGUUCUAGUGGAGUAUGUGUUUUAUUGAUUAAGGGUUGUUGUUUUGUGCUUUUAAUAGAAGCUUCUCAAUUUAUCCGAUUUUACGGCUGAAAUAGGGACAUUAGAAUUCUAAGUCUUCGGAGUAAACAUUGCUGUCACAGAUAAUUAAAUAUGCUUCUAUAACUAGUCUCUUUGAUAAGAUAAGAUAAGAUAAGAUAAGAUAAUCUUUAUUUCAAGUCUGUCAUAAUAAAUACAAUUGCAAUAGUUAUUUGACAAAGCAUAGAUUUUCCAGUAGCAAGCAAACAACAUGUCUAAAAGAGAGAUAAAAAUAAGUAAAUAAUACAUAACAUGUUAUAUUAAAGUGCAUGGAUCUAUAACUGUUAUAUCGUAUACAGAUAUUAAAGAUACAUACAUAUUGGUGCAACAUACAAUGUAGACAUUGUGUACAAAUCGUAUAUAAAAGCAGUUUACGGUUAUAAACACACAGACAUAUCGUCAUCAUCGUAUUGAGUCUGGGUUUGAAACUCAAGACGUAGAAGUACAAAUCUUGGUUUUCUAGAAAAACAAUGAUACGUAAGGCAUGUUGAUGUUUAAAAUUG